AUUGACAUUUAACCCUCCAAAUAAAUAUCAUUUCAAUAUUUAAUAUUAUAAAACUUAUAAAAUGCUAUGUGAACAAAAUUCAGCAGCAAGUACAUUAAAUUGGCUAAUUAAUAAAGUAAUAGAAUCAGAAAAAAUAAAAAUUGAUGAAAUAAAAAAUUGUAAUUCAACGUCAUUUAGUGAUGCAUCAACCCAAGAAAGUGGAUGUCGAAUUUGUUAUGAUAAUACAAUACGAUAUCCUAUUAUAUAUCCAUGUAAAUGUAAGGGCACUAUGGGCGCAAUUCAUCUUUCCUGUUUGGAACGUUGGCUUGAAGAAAGUAAUAGAAGUAGUUGUGAGUUGUGUGGAUAUCAAUUUGAUAUCGAACGUACUCCUCGCUACAGCGCUUUACGUUCUAUUUUUAUUUGGAUAUGCUUGAAGCAUCCAGAACACCAGCUCUUCUUGCGUAAUUUACGUGUUGAUAUCGUUCGCUGUUUGAUCGUCACUCCGUUGACAAUGGGUUCAUCCUACGUAUGCAUUGUAGCUGCAGACUUUUAUUCAGCAAAUAACUAUGAUAAUUUUCCACCUGCCCGUUGGACAACUUACUCUCUUCUUGCAAUGAUGGUUCUUUUAAUAUUUUCAUACUUUAUAUGGAUGUUUAUGGCUAUACAAUAUCAUCAAAAGGUUUGGUUUUACUGGUGGCAAAAGACAAGUAUUGUUAAGUUGAAGCAUCAUCAUACGUUGACGGUAGACGCAGAUAAAAGUCCGAUGAUGUGCCGCAGGAGGAUGGAUCACGAGAUCUCGCCAGUCUGAGGACGAUCCGUGGCUGUGACUGUUAUG